AUGAGUUCCUCUGAAGAAAAAUUGCCGGAAUAUCCUAAAUAUACAAUUAACAUGAAUAAAACAAAUUCUAUAAGUGCUAAAAGCAUUUCUGAUGAUUCCGAAGCACAAAUUAUUGAAAAUAAUUCAAAAGCUGAAUUGAAACGAUAUGAGAUAUAUUCUAUUCUCUCAAUCGUCUUCAUUGGAUCAAAUGUUAGUGGCUACUUCACUGUACGUGAAUUAAAACUUGAUUGA